CUAACUUUCACGUGACAAUCAGGCUCCGAAAGCAUUUGUUUACUGUUUGUAUUGAGUGUAGGUUAGAAGUUCGUAAUUGUGAACGAAACUUGUUUACUGUACUUUUAAUUGUAGAUUUUUAGUUAAUAGGAUUUGCAAUAAAAAUGAAGAAAAAGGUUCUUUUAAUGGGAAAAAGUGGUUCUGGUAAAACAAGUAUGAGAUCUAUCAUCUUUGCCAACUAUAUUGCAAGAGACACUCGUAGAUUGGGAGCAACAAUUGAUGUUGAACAUUCUCAUGUCCGUUUUUUGGGUAACCUUGUUUUAAAUUUAUGGGAUUGUGGAGGACAAGAGGCAUUUAUGGAAAAUUACUUUGCAAGUCAAAGAGACAAUAUUUUCAGAAAUGUAGAGGUCCUCAUAUAUGUAUUUGAUGUAGAAUCUCGUGAAUUAGAAAAAGACAUGCAUUAUUACCAGUCAUGUCUUGAAGCAAUUUUGCAAAGUUCUCCUGAAGCAAAGAUCUUCUGUCUAAUACAUAAAAUGGAUUUAGUACAAGAAGACCAGAGAGAUCUGAUCUUUAGGGAAAGAGAACGAGAUUUGGAGAGAUUAUCUCGACCUUUGGAAUGUAUAUGCUUUCGUACUUCUAUAUGGGAUGAAACCUUGUAUGAAGCAUGGUCUUCUAUUGUGUAUAAACUUAUUCCAAAUGUUCAACAACUUCAGGCAAAUCUGAAGCAGUUUGCAGAUAUAAUAGAGGCUGAUGAAGUUUUAUUGUUUGAGAGAGCUACAUUUUUAGUAAUAGCACGUGCUGAACGGAAAGAACACAGAGAUGUUCAUAGGUUUGAAAAAGUAUCAAAUAUCAUCAAGCAGUUUAAACUAAGCUGCAGUAAAAUUGCUGCUCAAUUUCAAAGUAUGCAGCUUUCAAAUGGGAUAUUUUCUGCGUAUAUUGAUGUUUUCACACCCAAUACUUACGUGAUGGUCGUAAUUUCAGAUCCAAAUAUAACUCCUGCAAUUACUUUGCUCAAUAUAAAAAAUGCAAGGAAGCAUUUUGAGAAGUUGGAAGGUGUUAGACAGCCUCAACCACUCCUAGCAACCCAGUGAUGUAUAAAAAAGAUUUUGGGGUUAAUAAUAUUUUAAAGUAAAAAUAUACAUAUAUUUAACAGAUCUUUUUAAGCCUGUUGUAAAAUUAUCUAAAAUAUGUUUUAAAUAUUUUAUUUUUUACAUCCAUUAAAUUGUAAAAAUUUGUCUUGCUUCAAUUUGUGCAAAAUGAAUGUAAAAAGGAUACCAUAUUCUAUAUUUGUGUGAUUAUACCCUUGUCUUCAUUAAAAAUAGUGUGACAGAUAUCCAUUUGUUAAUGUGCAUGAUAUUUUACUGGAUCACUAAAGAUUAUUAUUAUUUUUUUUUUUUUAUCUAUUAACCCCUUAACUGCCGCAGGCGUAUAUAUACGCCUUGCUCAGCCGAUGCGUUAACUGCCCCAGAUGCGCAGCCGAUGCGUUAACUUUGCG